AUGAAACUUCAUCUCACAUCCACGAAACCUCAUCUGCCAAGAAACAGUGACAACACUCGGCUCUUUGCACUCCAGUUUAUCUUUCAUUGCUUUCUGACUAUUUUCAACAACCCAGCCAUGGCAGAACAAUCCUCCUCCUACCCCGAGUACACCAAGGAACAACUCAAGGAAGCCCUCAACAGUCUACUAGAGGGUUCCUCCAAUCCAGAUUUCGAUGGACGACACUUGUUUGGCUACAAGGACGCCAAUCAUCAGCUGAGCAAGUUGCAAAGCAUUACCGCCACUCGCAUUUUAGACUAUCAAAACUAUAUUGCCGACAAUACGUCACCAUCAGAAGAGGAAUUGAAAGCCAAGAUUCCUGCAUUCUGGAAAGCAAACGGCGAAAUUUUGAAUCUACAAAAGGUAAUCAAGGGCCAGAGUCCUAGAAUGGCACUGGCUGCCGAAUUUAAGAGAGCAUCUCCAAGUAAGGGAGACAUUGGCGUCCAUUUGGACGCUGGAGAACAGGCUCAAAAGUAUGCUAGUGCAGGUGCCAAUAUUAUCAGUGUGUUGACGGAACCACGAUGGUUCAAGGGGGGAUUAGGUGAUAUGACUUCAGUGAGACUGCAGACGACCAACCAAUCCUUUCCUCGUCCCGCCAUUUUGCGGAAGGAAUUUACCACUAGCAAGUAUCAAAUCACGGAGGCUCUGGCAGCAGGUGCCGAUACGAUUUUGUUGAUUGUAGCCGUCCUUCCACAACAUUUGCUCAAGGAUUUGAUUGAUCAUGCGCGAUCGUUUGGUAUGGAACCAUUGGUAGAGGUACAUUCGGACAAUGAAGUCGAAGUAGCACUUCAGGCAGGUGCAAAGGUUAUUGGUGUUAACAAUCGCAAUUUGCAUACAUUCCAAAUGGAUCUACACACGACCGAGCAUGUUGCUGACAUUUUGAAGAAACAGGGAUGCGUCUUUGACCACAAUGAUGCUUCGGCGGAAUAUAGCAUUUGCUCCCUUUCGGGUAUGUCAACAGCCUUUGAUGUCGAUCGUUACCGAAAGAUCAAUGUUGGCAUGUGUUUGAUUGGAGAAUCUCUCAUGAGAGCUGCAGAUCCCAAAAUUGCCAUUGCCAACCUCUGUUUGGAUCCCAAAGAAUUCGAGAAAGCAUCCAGUCUGGUGGGCGGAGCCUACACCAAAGGCACCAAGAUUGUGAAGGUCUGUGGUGUGACCAAUGCCGAAGACGCAGUUGUGGCUUGCCGUGCGAGCGCCAAUCUGAUCGGUGUCAUCUUCGUUCCAAAAAGUAAGCGAUGUGUUACUAAGGAGCAGGCCAAGUCAGUAGUCGAAGCCGUCCGUGUCUUUGGAGAACGAACGGCACAAAUGAAGGUUUCCAAGACCAAGCAAGAAUCGGCUCUGAACCAACUCCUUGUCAACACACGAUCAUUAGAGGAUGCCUCUCGAAGACCGAUGGUGGUGGGAGUUUUCCAAAAUCAAUCUCCUGAAUUCAUUCGUGAAAUGGUGAAGGAAUGCGGUCUAGACAUGAUACAACUACAUGGUACCGAAGGAAUGGCGGCUGCCAAUGAAGAGAUUUGCAUCGUACCAGCCAUUCGAGUAGUUGAUAUCGAAACCGACCCGGAAACUGGAAAAGCAGCAGAAGGAGCUGCACAAACUCUCUUGGAUGCCAUUACUUCAGACCCAAUUGCCAUUUUGUUGGACACUUCAAUCAAGGGAAAGAAAGAUGGCGGCGGCACUGGCGUCACAUUCGACUGGGGCAUUGCAGAAAAGAUUCAAAAUGCUGGUCUACCGGUGAUCAUUGCCGGUGGUCUUACUCCCGCUAACAUUGAAGAAGCUGUAACUUCAACCCGUCCUUGGGGCGUUGAUGUUAGCUCGGGCGUUGAAGCGAGCCCAGGAAAGAAGGAUCACGACAAGGUGAAGGACUUUGUGAGUGGUGCGAGAAAGGCAGCAAUUGAGGCUAGCAAAGGGUUCUAA